AUGACCGUGCGGUACGCGGCGCCCGAGGUGAUCGGCGCCUUCCAGCGGGGCAUUUCGCUGGACCGGGCGGCCUUCCUGCCGGCGGACAUCUUCAGCGCGGCGGUCAUGCUGCUGGAGUGCCUCACGCGCGCGGUCCCCUGGCCAAACAUGGACAUGCAGGGGAUUGUAUCCGCCGUGCAGGCCGGCCAGCGUCCGGGCGCCGACGCGCUGCCGGUCGCCGUGCAGGACCUGGCCGGCCAGCGUCCGGGCGCCGACGCGCUGCCGGUCGCCGUGCAGGACCUGGUGCGAGCCGCCUGGCAGGCGGACCCCGCCAUGCGGCCCCAUGCGGCCACCCUGCGCCAGCAGUGUGCCGCACUGUUCGUGGCCGUCGGCGGCCUGGGCCAGUGA